AUGGAGAAAAAGACAAAAACCUCCAGACAGGAUAGUCAGCCAGUGGCAACUGGGGAGCUGAGGAAACCACCAUUUCUCGAGAGACUGCGAAGACUAGAGGAACAGUUCCGGCGUUUCCGGGAGGCGACCCUGACCCACCUCCAGAGGAUCGCGGCCAACUACAACGUCUCCUACAACGUCGACUCCCGCUUCCAGAACCUGACCGACGGACACCUCGCCAUCGCCUCCACUCUCAGGGAGACCCAAAUGGCGGCCCAGGCCGAUCGGAAGGGCCUGGAAAACUGGAAGAGAAAGAUGGAGAAGAGGACCAAGGGGAUGGGCUUGAAACUGUUAGCCCUGGAAGCCUCCCUGGAAGAAAGGGGCAGGCAGGGGGAGCAGCAAGAGAAAGAAAGGGAGGAGCAGAGGACCACCUGGUCCAAUCUCACGGGGAUCCUGGCGAGAGACAUCAGAGCCCUACGGGCCAGCGGGAAUGAGGUGAAGAGGAAACUGCGGGAAUUCCGGGCCAGUAUGCAAGGGCAAGAGGCCAGGCUGGAAGCCCUUGAGGAGCAGGUGCAGAGAGGCAAGCCGGGUGGCAUCCUCUCUUGGGCUCCCCUCCCCGCCACCGAGGUUGGGGACCAGGCUUCACCAGAAAAGCAGGCCGGACCCCAGGACCACCACCGCAAGAGGUACCCGCCACGUCCCACGAAGGGGCAGACGGCUCCCGGGAAUGGGAAGAAGCAUCGGCCAAGCAGACGCCAACCCGGCUCCCCAGCCGACGCCAAGGACAUCCUCCAGGAUUCCUGGUCACCAAAAGCGGAGAAGGAGCCAGAGCGGGCCGCUGACAGACCCCGUAUAGCCGGGGCGGCUGAGGAGAAUGACAGCCCACUAAGGGAGCGGCAGCUCCCGCCACGUCCCCAGAAGCCAGGAUCGAUGUGCAACGUGGGGCCCGUGCUGGUUUUCCCCAACUCUUCGCCCGAGAACGUGGUCACCUUCGGGCCGGGCUUCCCGGCCGGGCUGCGGGAACUGUCCGUCUGCGGCUGGAUCCGCACACCGUCCGCCCGCCUGGGCACUCUCCUCUCCUACGCCACCGAAGACAACACUGGGGAGCUGGUGGUCCGCGGGGCAGAUGGGCUGGGCCCCGGCUCUGUCCGCUUGGUGAUCGGGGAGCCGGUGUCCCGGGACCUGCCGGUGGGGCCGCUUCUGGAUGACCGGUGGCACCACAUGUGCCUCAUCUGGGCCUCCCAGCAGGGCAGGUACUGGUUCUACGUGGACAGGAGGCUCGUGGCCACGGGCUCCAGGUUCCAGGAGGGCUACGAGAUCCCCCCUGGCGGGUCCCUGGGGCUGGGGCAGGAGCGGGGCGGGGGCCAGUCGGCCCCGGCUGAGGCUUUCGUGGGGAGCUUGGCCGGCUUUUCUCUGUGGGACCGGGCACUGGCCCCCGGGGAGGUCUCGAGCGUGGCCAUGGGCCGGGGGAUCCCGCCACACCCCAUCCUGACCCCGGCUGACGCUCUGACCCUGGGCGGAUUCGUGCGGAGGAUCAACUGCACCUGCCUGGAGCAGUGCCCGUGACCCGAUCAGGCCGCCUUGGGCCACCACCCCCAGCCAAUCCCAGGCCCUGACUGCAGCCCAAGGGAACACUUUGCUGGGUCUCCUGAUCCAGCCCCAGCCCUUAAUAAUUGUGGUAUUUGCUAAGCGCUCA